CACAUGGUCCCAGUUCACGCACCAGUCUCCGCAGAGUCUCUACCACCAUGACGCAAAUCUAACGAACUUGUUUUUUUCUUACCGAGAACGGAAAUCCAAAAACCAUCGCGUUAUUGUUGUUGUUGUUAUUGCUGUUAUUAUUGCUAUUAGUACUAUUAUCAUUUACCGCGCGCUUUUCCAUCUUUCCCACACUUCUCUCCCCUCUUCUCCGGUGUGUGAUGCCCGCCGGGAUGUUCAGCAUCGACAGCAUCUUGUCCGGCAGACCGAGCUGCAAAGAGCCGCUGCUGCUGCACCGGAGCGGCCCCGUGGUGCUGUCCGCCGCCGGCCUCACGGAUUCUAUCUACACCGACUACAACGGACUGUACUCGGCCACGUGUGGACCUUCUCCUCCCGGGAUUCAGUCUGUGAACGGGACCAGGAUUGGAUAUAACGGCUACUACUACGGUCAGCUUCAGGUCCAGAGCGCCGGAGGAGGAGGGCCGUCAUGCUGCGGCUCUGUGCCGGGCCUCAGCCCGCAGCAGUGCCCCUGCAUCCCCGCAGGCUACGACAGCCCGGGCUCGGUGCUCAUCUCGCCGGUUCCUCACCAGAUGAUGUCCUACAUGAACAUGGGCAGUCUGUCGCGCACCGAGCUACAGCUCCUCAACCAGUUGCACUGCCGCAGGAAGCGCCGGCACCGCACCAUCUUCACGGACGAGCAGCUGGAGGCUCUGGAGGGACUCUUCCAGGAGACCAAGUACCCGGACGUGGGCACCCGAGAGCAGCUGGCCCGCAAAGUUCACCUCCGAGAGGAGAAGGUGGAGGUUUGGUUCAAAAACAGACGCGCCAAAUGGAGGAGGCAGAAACGGUCUUCAUCAGAGGAGUCCGAGAAUUCACAGAAAUGGAACAAAACCACCAAAACGUCCGCGGAGAAAACCGAGGAGAGCAAAAGCGAGGUGGACUCAGACAGCUGAUAGUCACAGAGACUGGAACAAUACACACACGCGCGCGUGUAUGUGUGUGUACACGUUUAGUGGAAAGUCACGUGGACAGACAUACAGUACAUACAUACAUGCUGGUGGUGUGAUGACACGUGUUGCCAUGUUGCACAGCUGUACAUAUCUACAUUUUAUUAUGGAUUCCAUGUGCUCUAUUUAUAUUUAAUUUAAUUUUUUUUUUUUUGUAUAAUAUUAAUUAAGGGAACGCGACUCUCCAGUGAACGGACACGUCUGAAUAUAUCGCAGUGUUGUAUGUGACCUUUUUAUGGAUAUUAAAUGUUGUAAUUCUUGCUAUUUUA